AUGAUAUGCGAGGGAGGUAUGAAGGAAGCAGAUUUUGAGAAGAUAACAUUGAGAUCUGAGGUAGGGGGAAUGGAUAACCCCAACCCCAAACCCAAACCCGGGCAGGCAGGCAGGCAAAUAGCUAAAUCCCACUCACAUUCCGUACCCUUACCCUCCUCCUCCUCCUCCUCCUCCUUAUCAUCAUCAUCAUCACCUAAAACACCUACUAUAUCACAACAAAUAUUCCGUGGUAUUGGUAUUGGUGUUGUUGAGGGUAAAGGAGAAGAAGAAAGUUGA